CCCUGCUACGGCCCCGCCUCAUUAGGCGGAGGGGGGUGGGGAAGAGAUGGAGGGGGCCGCUGCCGGCGUAAUGCUAGGAAGAGGAAACGGGGCGACGCUCCCAGGCGGCCACGGCGGCGACUGCUGCACUUGGCAGGGUCACGAACUCUGACCUUUCACCAGGAGCGCCAACCUUUCCCCCCUUCUUCCCAAACAAACAGUCACAUCCCCGCCGCCUCCCCCGCCUCCGUGCGGAAUACUUUAACCCCUUGGGCGCCGCUCCUCCACCUCCCUCUUCCCCGGUUCUUGCCGGGCGCGGUGGGGGAGGGAAGGACCCAAUCCAGGCCCGGCUGGAGCGCUCCGAAGUGGCCACCGCCGGGUUCGCUUGGCGCCAAGUCCCGAGGUUGUCUAAUGAUCUUCCUUCACCAUGACAACCAAUAUGGAGGUGCUGGCUCAGCAGAUAGUGGAGACACAGCAGGUGGCUGAGGUACAAACUGUACAGACAACAUUAUCUGAAUCUCCAGUGAUGACCAGCCCUUCCCAACGCAUCCAGAUCAUCUCCACAGAUUCAUCUGUAGCUUCACCACAGCGCAUUCAGAUUGUCACAGAUCAGCAAACAGGGCAGAAAAUCCAAAUAGUGACAGCAGUGGACUCCUCGGUAUCACCCAAGCAGCAAUUUAUAUUGGCAAGUCCAGAUGGAACAGGAACAGGGAAAGUGAUACUGGCUACACCUGAGUCUUCUAAUGCCAAGCAACUGAUCUUUACCACCACAGAUAACAUUGUGCCAGGCAGAAUACAGAUUGUGACAGACUCUGCCUCUGUGGAACGUUUGUUAGCUAAAACUGAUGUCCAGCGGCCACAAGUAGUAGAAUAUUGUGUUGUCUGUGGAGACAAAGCAUCAGGUCGUCACUAUGGUGCUGUCAGUUGUGAGGGAUGCAAAGGCUUCUUUAAAAGGAGUGUGAGGAAAAAUCUGACCUAUAGUUGCCGUAGCAACCAGGACUGUAUCAUCAAUAAACACCAUCGGAAUCGCUGCCAGUUUUGUCGGCUAAAAAAAUGCCUCGAGAUGGGGAUGAAAAUGGAAUCUGUCCAGAGCGAAAGGAAGCCUUUUGAUGUGCAGCGUGAGAAACCAACCAACUGUGCUGCUUCAACAGAAAAAAUCUAUAUCAGAAAGGACUUAAGAAGCCCUCUAAUAGCAACCCCAACCUUUGUAGCAGAUAAAGAUGGGACCAGAUCAACUGGCCUUCUUGAUUCAGGGAUGCUUGUGAAUAUUCAGCAGCCUCUAAUACGAGAUGAUGGUACAGUGCUUCUGGCUACAGAUUCUAAGGCAGAGACAAGCCAAGGUGCUUUGGGAACAUUAGCAAAUGUCGUAACCUCACUUGCCAGCCUCAACGAGUCACUUAAUAAUGGAGAAACUUCUGAAAUCCAACAAGAAGACCAAUCUGCGAGUGAGAUCACUCGGGCAUUUGAUACUUUGGCUAAGGCACUGAACACCACAGAUGGUACAUCAGCUCAGAAUCUGGCAGAUGGAAUGGAUCCCACAAGUGGUGGCAAUAUUCAUGUGAUCAGUAGGGAUCAGUCUACACCAAUUAUUGAAGUUGAAGGACCCCUUCUUACAGAUACUCACGUGACAUUUAAGUUAACAAUGCCUAGUCCAAUGCCAGAAUACCUAAAUGUGCAUUAUAUUUGUGAGUCAGCAUCCCGGUUACUUUUCCUUUCCAUGCACUGGGCUAGAUCUAUUCCUGCUUUUCAAGCACUAGGGCAGGACUGUAAUACAAGCCUUGUACGUGCCUGCUGGAAUGAACUGUUUACAUUAGGCCUUGCACAGUGUGCACAGGUGAUGAGCUUGUCAACUAUCCUGGCAGCUAUUGUCAAUCACCUGCAGAACAGCAUACAGGAAGAUAAACUUUCUGGAGACCGAAUAAAACAAGUGAUGGAACACAUCUGGAAACUUCAGGAGUUCUGCAACAGCAUGGCUAAACUUGAUAUUGAUGGAUAUGAAUAUGCUUACCUUAAAGCGAUAGUUCUCUUUAGUCCUGAUCAUCCUGGACUGACAAGUUCUAGCCAAAUAGAAAAAUUCCAGGAGAAAGCUCAGAUGGAAUUGCAAGACUAUGUUCAAAAAACAUAUCCAGAAGAUACUUACAGGCUAGCCCGGAUUCUAGUACGUCUGCCAGCACUUAGACUGAUGAGCUCUAGCAUUACUGAAGAACUCUUUUUUACUGGGCUCAUUGGAAAUGUUCCAAUUGACAGCAUCAUCCCGUACAUCCUGAAAAUGGAGACAGCAGAGUAUAAUGGCCAAAUAACAGGAUCUUCCGCAUAGAAGGGAUCGGCGCAUCUGAAUUGAACUGAGUGACUGUGAUUGGAUACUGUGUGCAAACAUUUCCAACAUGUUCCAUUUUAUUGUUAAGAUUAUUCUUGUCUGUAUUCAAAGACAAGUUUUUUAAGAAUGGUAACUUGUGCAAAAACAUUUUUUCUAGAACCCACUUUUAUCAGAAGAAAUAUGUUAUAGCCUUUUUUCUGAACAGGCUGCAGUGAAUUGCUGAACAGGCCAGGUCAUGCUUUUAAGAAAUUAUCAAUGAGCAAAAAUAGAUUCUAUAAUGCUAGAAUAUUAAUUAGAAAGUACUAAUUUUUUUUAAAAAAAUGGAUCCAAAGAACUCAAGUGGAAUUCUGCUCCUGCAGCAGGGCUCUCCUGGCCUUCCUGCUUGUUGCAGCCCGUCAUGCCCUCCCCCAGCAAAGCCACCCAUAAGGAUCGGAGGACCCUCAAGAACAACAUGCAGUUCAGCAUGAUGGGUUGCUACAGGCAGAGAGGGCUGGCAGCGCAUACAUCCUUGAAUAAGCAGAAAUGUGUUUUCCUUGCUGAAAGGGCUCUUUGAAUCCAAGGCUAUAUUUAUAUAUAGAUAUAUUUAAAUAUUUCAAAUUACUAUCUAAAUUACCACAAUAUAGUGAUUAUCAGCACUUUCAAAGCACUUCUUGUUAAAACUAUGGCAUUGUCUUGAUCUUGCUUGUAUAAGCAGGGUAAAUGACUAAUUUUAACUACAGACAUGCUAGUGAUUUCUAUGAAAACGUGAAGAGCUGUGGAAGACAAUCAUAUAUGCUAUGAAAUUGCAAUUAUAUGUCUUUAUUAGUAAUGAGAUUCUUUCAAGGAUAGUUCUAUACUAUUUGAAACUAAAUGUGGCUAAAUUAAUGUAAAUGUUUACAGCAUAAGUAAAACAUAAUGUUUAUGGCUCAGUUGUCAGCAUAAUAGGUGCUGUACAAGUUAUUCACUGGAAAACAACAUACUGAUUUCUUGACUUCGUAAUGAGAAACAAAUGAAAUUUUUAAGAGGUUCAGUACCAGCCUGGUGCUGUUUACUUAUGAAUCUGUAUCAUAAUUCCCUUUUUAUGAUGAUGCAAGUGUCAGUUUAAAUAACAACUUUAUCCCCUUUAGUAACUAUGUAUAUAUGCAUUAUAAUUUCAAACUCAUUUCUUCUCUCUGAAUUUCAAGAAGACUGAUUUUGGCAUAUCACCCGAUAGUACAGUACAGUGAUUACUGCAGAAUGUGAAGCUUGGCUUUGUUUUUAAGGGUCAAAACACUGCCUUAGGGUGCAGUCCUGUGGGGAUGCCCACAGGCCCAAGAAUGGGAGGCCAGCUGGCAUCCACUGGUUUUUACUUCCCCAUUCCUGCUCUGCAUUUUUGCUUGAUGGCUGCUUUCACUUGUUUAGGAAGGAAGGGGAACCUUUUUACAGACACAAUUCUGGGUGCAGUGGGACUAGUCCCAGAUAAGUAGAAAUAUGAUUGUAGCUUACAUGAUAAUUCUUCCAAUACAUUCUUAGGGGUAUCUAAAUAUAUUGCAUUUCCUACCUUUUCCUAUAGUUUGUCAUGAGAACUACUACUGGGGAAUUAAAAAUAUUAUUUGAUUUACAGUUUGUCUUCUACUUAAAUUCUAAAAUCAUUUGUACACAUCCAGUCAAUAAGAUUGUGCGUAUGGAUGUGUCUUGGAGCAAAAAGAAAUUUGAUGUUGCAGUCCUAAUUUAAAUUGUGUCUUAAUUAAAAAUAACAAAAGACCAAAUAGUGUGAAUGUUACAGUAGUUGUAUAGUAGCAGCACUUCAUAGAAGUAGGGUUGAGUGAGUACCACAAUGACGAAACCCCAUUUUGAAGAACACUUAUAAAAACUAAAAAUCAGUGCAGCCAAAAUUCUAUCUUUGAAAAUAUCUUUUUAAAAAGCUGUAACUAUUUGUUGUAAAAGGAAAAUACAUUUUAAGGAGCUGAAUUUGUUAAAAUCUGCAAAAAACAUAUUGCAUAUGUAGGUUUUGUUGUGCUAUUUUAUGGUUUUAUUUUUUAAUACUGGGUUUUGUUUGACCCAGUGGUUUGAUGGUAUGAAAAUGAAAUAUAAUCAAAUAUUUUAGAAAGGUAUUUAAAGUCAAGACUUUAGUAUGCACUUUUAAUAAAGAGAUAUGUAAUUUGAAUAAUAUCUUAAAACUAAAAUAGGCCAGUGUAGAGACCUAAAAUAAUUUCAUGGAAGACUUAGAUAAGAAUUUGCAUUUUCAAGUGCAGGCUGCAUUUACAUAGCUUAAUCUUUAAACUGCUUGAGGGUGCAAUUUAUGCAUGUUUAGACAGAAAAACAAGUCCUACAACUGGCUGGGGCAUGUUGGGAGUUAUAGGAUUUUUUUCUGUCUAAACAUACAUAGGAUUACACCCCCAAUUAAUUGAGCUCUGCUGACUUUAGUGGAACUAAACUAGUUUAGAUAAUUUACUCCAGUUAGUUUUGGAUUAUUUUAAAAUAUUCUUAACUCAGAGCAUUUAACGGCUGACAUGGAGUAUUUCUGUGUUAAUAUUUGCUCAUAAUGCAUUUGUGUGUCAUUCCCUUGUUACUCGUUUCCUAUCUAACCUAGCUUGCAUCCAAUUAAUUAAAAUAAAGUUUCUGAAAUUGUUCACUGCUGCAGAAAUAAGGAAUGGUGGAUUGUACAUCUAGGAGAUGCUCAGAGAUUUCAGAUUAGCACAGUGUUCAAGGAUGAUGUCUUAGACUCAAGCAGCAUGCAUUCUGGCAAGGACCAGGAGGCUCUUUUCUAAGGGAAUGUUUAGAAAGAUUAAUGCAAUAUGAUGGACUCUUUCAGCAGCUGAGCUUUAGAGCAGGCAUCUGCCUUACGAACAGCAAUGCAAGUACCAUUAUUGAGAAGGAGGUUUGAGCAGUGUGUUCAAGUCUUUGGAAUGCAAGUGAGUUCCUUAGGUCCCUGUUAAGCUUUAGUGGGGACAUUUUGCAAUGUAGUAGUCCAUGUGCAAGCUCUAAGCCAUCUUUAUUCACCAUUAUUUACACAUCUUGUCAGCAUACUUUCCACAGAUACUGUUCAGAAAACAAUGCAAUGAUCAGCCAUGUUUAUGUGCAUAUAAGAAACUGUAGUCCUGGCAGAGGUUUGCUGCUUUUCCUCAAAAAGUAACUGCUGCUAACAGAAACAUGUUUAAUUUGGGGGUAUUUUAAAAAUACAGCAUGUGAUUCUGUUUGGGGAAGUGGCUGUUCAGUAAAAGAAAAGAAAAAACCCCACUGUGCACACAGAUUUUCCGCUUGAACUUCUCUGAAUUGGGACCAGGGCACUUAGGAUAGGAUAUAGUGGGGCUUCCUUUUGUCAGUCUCAUCCCAUCUUCUUAUGCUAUUCCCUUCUGCCAUCUGCUCAGGAGGGCUUCUCUAUUAGAAAACCGUUCCUUCAGAGGGACUUCAGCAUGCAUAAAUGUAAGACUCUGUAAAUCAUGAUAGAAAUAGCAGUGACAAACAGCAAGCCAUUACAUAACAUUUUCCCCAGUUUAGCUUGUGCUGAAUUACAGGGAAGUUCUAUAAAUAGCUGGCUGUGGAAGAAAAGUUAAAACUAUGUGUCUAUGGAUGUUCCACUACCUUCAAAUCCAGUUUGUGAUGUCAUGCAGGAUGGAGGAGACGGAACACUCAGAAGAAGAAAACUCAAAAUGCCAUAAGGCUCACCCAGGCCCUUUAACACAGCUAAAAUCAUGCUUUGAAACCUGGCCCUGUUUCUUUGUGUGAGUGAUGUUUAUAUGCUAGUAUGUAAGUUUGUCCAGUAUAUUAUGUACAGUGUAAUAUAUAGUAUGUAUGUAUAUAGAAAUAUGUACAGUCAUGUAAUCAUAUAUACCAGAUUUAUAUAUGUUAACAAAAGGAUUUAUAAAUGCAUUGCAAAUCUUGAGCUUCCUAAAUUUUAUUUCUUGCUCAAAGCUCAGCCCUGGUAUAACCAUAUGCAUCCCACUUUCCUAGUCAAGUGGGCACUUGUUUCUAUCCCAGGAUGUAUUUGCACUUUGUCUUAAAUACUGAGGGUAACUAUUUAAUAGUUCCAAAUCUUCUUUGAACAAGCCCUAUCGAAUUGAAUGGAAGUUAUACAAUGACAGUGUUUUGUGGAUUGUACCUGUGGACCAUAAUUUUUUUGUAUAUUCUCAACACAUGAAAAAUCAGCUUUUUCUUCUCUUCUGAAAGGGGUUUUUAUUUUUGUUUAUUUUUGAUACAGUCUUUGCCAGCAUGUUCGAUGUGAUCAUUGUAUUUUAAUGUUGUCUGUAUUUCCCUUGGAAGUUGCAAAUUAGAAUGAAGAGGCCAUUGUGCAACAAUGUGUACAGUUCACAUUGACAACUAUCUUGUUCUGAGUACAAGGCAAAAUGAAUGCAGUAGGUAGUGUCACAGAUGUCACUAUCAGUUAGGUAAUAUGUGAUGCUCUGUCAUCUCUGACAGAUAUAAUGCAGUUCUUUUUAGAGAGAGACUUAAAUAACCCUUUCCAAAAGUCUGAAUGGCCCAAACAGUACAAUGCAGAACGCAUUAGUCGGAAAAAGGAUUUUAUUAUAUUGCCAGUGACCUCUAUGCGAGAUAUCCAAGUAAAUUCCGAAAUGUAGCUUGUGAAUUAUAGAAUUGGAUAACCCUGCUUAUAUGGUGCCUCUGGCUCACCUGAGUAUCUUGCCCUUCAUUUCCUAAUUUCCCAGUGGGAUAUUUUGGCCACAAUGACAGCUAUACAUACAGUUACCAUUUAUCAUUGUCCAAAAUUGUUAUGGACUUAGUAAGGGAGGAAUUUAGCUGCUUAACGGAAUAUUAACUUUAUAAGGGGUUUUCUUUGGCCAACUUCUUUGGCCAACUUUAAAAGCUCUUUUCUCAAGUAAACAAAAGGCACAGUCCUGCUAGGUGCGGUGGCUAUUUCUCCCUCUACCCUUCCUCUUUGAUGUUUGUAGAAGGAAUGGAUGUGUAGAGGCAGAACACCAGGGUAUUACAGGGCACAGAAGGCUGUGUGCAGUGCCCCUUCUAUCUUCUCAUCCAUCUCUUGCUAUCUCCAGAAUUCAAAUAACUAUUGUAGCAUGGAGAGGGCCCAUGAGGGGCCCAGAAGGUACACACACAUCUCCCAUUUUCCAUAGUACUUUGGCACAUGAGCUACCUCCUAUGUACGGUAAGGGGGUGGGUGGAAAAAACUGGUUUCUUGAACCCUUCAAGGAUCAGUGAAUGAAGGAAGAGAAGGAUCAGUGAAAGAUCAGGCAAUGAACCCUCUACAUGCCAACAUUAUACACACAAUAGAAAGCAUCAUGUCCUGAAUUAAUUGUUGUUAAAUGAAGCUUUCUAUUUCUAUUCAUCCUCUCCACCUUUGUCUUGAUACUUGUAUCUCAACUUGUCCUUAAGUUGGAUAUGGGAUUGGCUUUCUGUGAGAGGAAGUGCUCUACUCCUAGAAGGUUCCCCUACCAAAGUUUUGGGGAACCUCCCUCCCUCAGAGGGGUCUUCUGACUGUGUAGCAUUUUCAGGGAGCUUAGAGGAGCUGCUAUGGGAAGGACAGGCAAGGAGGUUCACUUUCAUCAAUUUAGUUGAUCCAGUUUAAAAUUACACAUCUAAAACAAAUCAGGAUUUGUAUAAUAAGGUGUCCUGCUAGUAAAGGGAUACCAUCUAGUGUCUGCAGUUGCAGGAUUUGGGUUUUCACCAGAAAGGCCAUAAAAAGUUACUAUAGGUAACAAGGCACAGCCCUUGUAAAAGCACUGCUUAAAUGUUUGGGAACGGCUCUUGUGAGCUUCUGUCCUUUCUCAUUUCCUGACUUACUGGUUAACAAAUGUACAUAGAUUCUUUUUUGUUUUGUUUUGGUUGUACUGUUGACCUUAUGACACAUUUUGGUAAGAAAACUCCACCUUACACUUACUUCAGGUGAGGUUCUCUUUCAGUUAGGCUGCAGUGCUAGACUCACCUUGAGGUAACUCCCAUUGAAUUCUGUGGGGCUUACUGCCGAAUACAUAAGAUAGCAUUGUUAAUGUAAUGACAAUUGGUGCACUCUGCUUUUGUUAAAUUUAAAACUGAUCCUUUAUGCUAAAAGAAAUCCUUGUGUGUGUUUUACACUCUAUUUUAAAUGUGUUGAGGCUGUAGCAUUUUAAUUCAGACAUCUUUUGAAAAGUAAUGACAGAUGUCAAUGGUGAGAAGUAGGUCUUUCUAAACAGCAUUCUGUAAUAGAGGAAACUUUUCCCUGGACUUAAGGUACUAAGGUGAUUUUUUGAUUCUGACUCAAUAAUUUAAGCCAUUUGUAGAAACAAGUAAUGUAACUUUUGCUUUCUGUAUUAUUUGUGGGAGCUGGAGUUGAGGGAUGAACUGGAAAUGGAAAAAUGGGUUUGAGUAAUGUACUGUCCAAAUGCAGACUAUAUUUAUUUUCAGCUCAUAUGCUGAAGAGCAUAUGGAACUCAUACUUAAAAGCUCCUACAUUUUAAAGACUUCUGUCAGCAACCACUAAUUCUAAACUGAAUGUAAGGCCAUUGUUCCCUGUAGUUUUUUUAAAGUGAAAAAUCCUUUGUAGUAUUUACUAUAUAAUUAUUGCAUAUGUAUUUGGAAACCCGCUCAAGCUUUGAGCUUUCCUUAAUACUUGCCUAUUUACCACCAGAGGAAUUUUCUGUGAUAAUUCCCUGUGGUAACUUUUAUAAGCCUGUACUUUUUGGUUGUUUCUUAAAAUGUUGUCUCUGUAAGUUUGUUUGUUUUUUAAAUUUAAGGUUUAAAACCUAUCAUAAGCUGUUGCUUCCUCACAAUUUUGUGAAAUUGGCUUUGUAAAUGUGAUAGCAUUUAAAAUAGUGUGUUUUUUUAAUCUGGAUUUUUCUAUCUAAUCAAUGUCUUCAGUCAUGAAGAUAAAUUUGCAUUGUUGUGUGUGUAUAUAGAGUAUUGCAGUGCAUGCUUAUGCAUUUCAUUAAAUGCUGUCUAAAUGUGGCAUUAUAUUGUUGUGGCUUAAUAUUGCUGCCUACAGGACGUUUAUACUAUUAAGAGAAAUAAAGACUCUUAUAUGGCCUUGGA